AUGGCUAAGGAAGAGGCGCGUGUCCCCCAGGCCGCUGUUGCCAAAACCGCUGGCGGCAACAGUGCUUUCCGCAACGUCCAUAACGACUUUGCUCAUAUCGCUGACCCCAACGAGCGUCGUCGUCUUGCCCUCGCCGAGAUUGACAGGGCUCCUUUUGGCUGGUAUCAUGUUCGAGCCUGUGUUGUCGCCGGUAUCGGCUUCUUUACCGACUCUUACGAUAUCUUCUGCGUCUCUAUGCUGACUAUUAUGCUUGGCAUCGUCUACUCUCCCGCCACGGGUAAGCUUCCUACCAGUUCAGACAACGCCAUCAAGCUCUCAACUUCAGCUGGCACUGUUGUUGGUCAGCUGGUCUUCGGUAUGCUGGCUGAUAUCGUCGGCCGAAAACGCAUGUAUGGCCUAGAACUUAUCAUCAUUAUCUUUGCUACCCUUGCUCAGGCCCUGAGUGGUGGCUCUCCAUCAACAUCUAUUAUCGGAAUUAUCAUCUUCUGGCGUGUCAUCAUGGGCGUUGGCAUUGGUGGCGACUACCCUCUUUCUUCUAUUAUUACUUCUGAAUUCGCGACUACCAAAUGGCGAGGAGCUAUGAUGGCUGCUGUCUUCGCCAUGCAGGGCUUUGGCCAGCUUUGCUCUGCCCUGGUCAUGAUGUUCCUUACUCUCGGCUUCAAAUCCGAUCUUGACGGUGCCUCUAAUAUAUCUAGCUGCACUGGAAGUUGUCAGGUUGCCGUCGACCAGAUGUGGCGUAUCCUGGUCGGCUUCGGUGGCGUUCCCGCUUGCAUUGCCCUUUAUUACCGUCUAACCAUCCCUGAGACUCCUCGUUAUACUUUUGAUGUUGCCCGAGAUGUUGAGAAGGCUGAUGGGGAUGUUAAGGCCUAUAUGAGUGGCAGGCAUGAGGGUGAGACUGACGAAGUCGCUCGUGCUCAGGUCCAUCAGGGUGCUCGCGAGAACCUUCAGGUGCCUCAGGCCGGCUGGCGCGACUUCUUCCACCACUACGGCAAGCUUAAGAACUUCUUGCUUCUGCUUGGAACUGCUGGCUCAUGGUUCUGCCUUGAUGUGGCUUUUUACGGUCUCAGUCUGAACAAUGGCACUAUUCUUACAGUUAUUGGCUACUCGACUAAGAAUGCCCAUAACGUGUAUGAGUACCUUUAUAAUACUGCCGUUGGUAAUAUUAUUAUUGUCCUUGCUGGAGCUGUUCCGGGUUAUUGGGUUUCUGUUGCUACUAUCGACACUCUUGGCCGUAAACCUAUUCAGCUUGGCGGCUUUAUCAUCCUUACUAUUCUUUUUAUUGUCAUGGGUUUUGACUAUAAUCAUAUUUCCUCCAGUGGUCUACUUGCUAUUUAUGUACUUGCCCAGUUCUUUUUUAACUUUGGUCCAAAUACUACCACCUUUGUUGUCCCCGGUGAAGUCUUUCCCACACGCUAUCGAUCUACUUCUCACGGCAUCUCUGCCGCAUCUGGCAAAAUUGGAUCGAUUAUUGGGCAGGGAGCCAUCUCGACCCUUCGUACCCACGGUGCUACUAAGAAUGAUGAGGCUCCCUGGAUGAACCAUGUUCUUGAGAUCUAUGCUCUUUUCAUGCUCAUCGGCUGUUUUACUACUCUCCUUAUUCCAGAGACCGCUCGCAAGACUCUUGAGGAGCUUAGCGGCGAGGAUGAUUACGCCAAUCGUCAUGAGAGCGUUGAGAACGAAUCUCACAACGGACCGCCUGAGAGGUCUAGCAUUUAA